CCCGAGGCAUGCUGGGAGCCUGGAGGACUAGCGAGGAGGAGUUGAGAGAACGGAGCGGACGCCAUGGCGGCCGACAUCGAGCAGGUUUUUAGGUCUUUCGUGGUCAGUAAAUUCCGGGAAAUUCAACAAGAGCUUUCCAGUGGAAGGAGUGAAGGCCAGCUGAAUGGUGAAACAAAUACACCUAUUGAAGGAAACCAGGCAGGUGAUGCAGCUGCCUCUGCCAGGAGCCUACCAAAUGAAGAAAUAGUGCAGAAGAUAGAGGAAGUACUUUCUGGAGUCUUAGAUACAGAACUACGAUAUAAGCCAGACUUGAAAGAGACCUCCAGAAAAAGUAGAUGUGUAUCUGUACAAACAGAUCCUACUGAUGAGAUUCCCACAAAAAAAUCAAAGAAGCAUAAAAAGCACAAAAACAAAAAGAAGAAAAAGAAGAAAGAAAAGGAAAAAAAAUAUAAAAGACAGCCAGAAGACCCCGAGUCAAAGCCGAAAUCUCAUCAUGAUGGGAGCAUAGAUUUAGAAUCUGAUUCCUUUUUCAAGUUUGAUUCUGAACCUUCAGCGAUGGCACUGGAACAUCCUGUAAGAGCAUUUGGCCCACCUGAGACCAAUGAUUCCCCUGAAGUUAUGCUAGAACCUCCAGUAGUACCAAUGGAGUUACCAGAGCCACACACCUUAGAAACUCUGAAGCAAGUUACAAAACCUGCAGAGCUGUCAGUUGGAUCUGCAUCAGUAAGCUUAGAGCAGUCUGUGUCAGUAACACAGGAACCAUCUGUGACAAAGAUUCUGGAUUCCUUUGAAACAGCACCAGUGCCUGCUACAACAGUAGUGCUGAAGUCAUCUGAGCCAGUAGAAACAAUGUCAAUGGAAUAUCAGAUGCAAUCUUCACUGAGAUCUUCGGAGAGCAGAUCUCCAGAGCCAUCAAAGACCAUGUUGGUAGAGCCUCCUGUAGCAAAAGAAACCCUUGUAGCAGCAGAGAUAGCUACUGAGGUUUAUCCUGAACCAAGCACAUCAAUGACAAUGGAUUUUCCAGAGUCAUCUGCAGCUGAAGUGCAGAGAUUGCCAGAGCAGCCUGUAGAAGUACCAAUGGAGAUCGCAGAUUCAUCUGAGACAAGACUACAGGAGUCGCAGGAGCUGCUUAAGACCACAACGUUGGAGCUGCCGGAGUCGUCGGUGGCCUCAGUGCUGGAGAUGCAGGGGCCACCUUCGACCUCCGUGCCGGAGAUGCAAGGGCCCUCUGUGACUCCAGUGCUGGAGUUACUUGGGCCCUCUGCUACCCCGGUGCCAGAGUUAUCAGGGCCCCUUCCUACCCCAGUGUCCGAGUUGCCAGGGCCCCCUGCUACAGCAGUGCCUGAGUUGCUGGGGCCCUCUGCGACAGCAGUGCCACAGUUGUCGCAGGAAUUGCCAGGGCCCCCAGCAUCACCUUUGGGGAUGGAGCCACCACAGGAGGUUCCAGAGCCACCUGUGAUGGCACAGGAGUUGCCAAGCCUGCCUGCAGUGUCAGCAACAGUAGAGUUGCCAGGGCAGCCUGCGGUAACAGUAGCAAUGGAGUUGACCGAUCAACCUGUGACGACAACGGUGUACCAGCACCAGCACGCUAUGAGGAUGGCAGCGGUGGAACAUCAUGGGCAUCCUGAGGUGACAACGGCUACAGGGUUGCUGGGGCAGCCAGAGGCAGCGAUGGUGCUGGAGUUGCCUGCACAGCCAGUGGCAACAACAGCGCUGGAGUUGUCUGGGCAGUCUUCAGUGACUGGGGUGCCAGAGUUGUCAGGGCUGCCUUCGGCAACUAGGGCACUGGAGUUGUCCGGGCAGUCUGUGGCAACUGGGGCACUGGAGUUGUCUGGGCAGCUUAUGGCAGCUGGGGCACUGGAGUUCUCGGGGCAGUCUGGGGCAGCUGGAGCACUGGAGCUUUUGGGGCAGCCUCUAGCAACAGGGGUGCUGGAGUUGCCUGGGCAGCCUGGGGCGCCAGAGUUGCCUGGGCAGCCUGUGGCAACUGUGGCGCUGGAGAUCUCUGUUCAGUCUGUGGUGACAACAUCGGAGCUGUCAACGAUGACCGUGUCGCAGUCCCUGGAGGUGCCCUCGACGACAGCGCUGGAAUCCUAUAAUACGGUAGCACAGGAGCUGCCUACUACAUUAGUGGGGGAGACUUCUGUAACAGUAGGCGUGGAUCCCUUGAUGGCCCAAGAAUCCCAUAUGUUAGCUUCUAACACCAUGGAGACCCAUAUGUUAGCCUCCAACACCAUGGAUUCCCAAAUGCUAGCCUCCAACACCAUGGACUCCCAGAUGCUAGCAUCCACCACCAUGGAUUCCCAGAUGUUAGCCUCUAGCUCCAUGGACUCCCAGAUGUUAGCCUCUAGCUCCAUGGACUCUCAGAUGUUAGCCUCUAGCUCCAUGGACUCCCAGAUGUUAGCCACCAGUUCCAUGGACUCCCAGAUGUUAGCCACUAGCUCCAUGGACUCCCAGAUGUUAGCCACCAGCUCCAUGGACUCUCAGAUGUUAGCCACCAGCUCCAUGGACUCCCAGAUGCUAGCCACCAGCUCCAUGGACUCGCAGAUGUUAGCCACCAGCACCAUGGACUCCCAGAUGUUAGCCACCAGCACCAUGGACUCCCAGAUGUUAGCAACUAGUUCUAUGGAUUCCCAGAUGUUAGCAUCUGGAACUAUGGAUUCUCAAAUGUUAGCUUCUGGCACCAUGGAUGCUCAGAUGUUAGCAUCUGGUACUAUGGAUGCUCAGAUGUUAGCAUCUAGCACUCAAGAUUCUGCUAUGAUGGAUUCAAAAUCUCCUGAUCCCUAUAGAUUAGCUCAGGAUCCUUACAGGUUGGCUCAGGAUCCCUAUAGGCUGGGUCAUGACCCCUAUAGAUUAGGUCAUGAUGCUUACAGGUUAGGACAAGAUCCCUAUAGAUUAGGGCAUGAUCCCUACAGACUAACUCCUGAUCCCUAUAGGAUGUCGCCUAGACCCUAUAGAAUAGCACCCAGGUCCUAUAGGAUAGCACCUAGGCCAUAUAGGUUAGCACCUAGACCCCUAAUGUUGGCAUCUAGACGGUCCAUGAUGAUGUCCUAUGCUGCAGAACGUUCCAUGAUGUCAUCUUACGAACGCUCUAUGAUGUCUUAUGAGCGGUCUAUGAUGUCCCCUAUGGCUGAGCGCUCUAUGAUGUCAGCCUAUGAGCGCUCUAUGAUGUCAGCCUAUGAGCGCUCUAUGAUGUCUCCUAUGGCUGAACGCUCUAUGAUGUCAGCCUAUGAACGCUCCAUGAUGUCAGCUUACGAACGCUCCAUGAUGUCCCCUAUGGCUGAUCGAUCUAUGAUGUCCAUGAGUGGUGACCGGUCUAUGAUGUCAUCAUACUCUGCUGCUGACCGGUCUAUGAUGUCAUCGUACUCUGCAGCUGACCGAUCUAUGAUGUCAUCCUACACUGAUCGUUCAAUGAUGUCCAUGGCAGCUGAUUCUUACACUGAUUCUUACACUGACACAUAUACGGAGGCAUAUAUGGUGCCACCUUUGCCUCCUGAAGAGCCUCCAACAAUGCCACCUUUGCCACCUGAGGAACCACCAAUGACACCACCACUGCCUCCUGAAGAACCCCCAGAGGGUCCAGCAUUGCCUACUGAGCAGACAGUGUUAACAGGUGAAAAUACUUGGCCCACAGAGGUCCCAGCAUUACCUCCUGAAGAGUCUGUACCACAACCUGAGCAUCCAAUGAAUCAAAGUGAGAUUUCAGAACCUUCAGCAGUACCUGCUAAUUAUUCAGUGUCUGGAUCAGAGUCAUCAGUGUUAGCAUCCGAGACCAUUGUGACAGUACCAGAAACACAAGAGCCAGAGUCUGCUGGUAUGUCAACACCUGUUGAGUCUGCUGUAGUAGCUGAACAUGAAGUGGUUCCAGAGAGACCAGUGGCUUGUAUGCUGCCUGAAACUCCUAUGUCGGCUGAAUCAACCAUGCUAACAUCAGAUCCAUCUAUUAUAUCAGAUAGAGCAGAAGCAUUUGAGUCCAUGAGAGCUUCAGGACAUGUUGCCUCAGAAGCAUCUGUGUCCCUGCUGGAGCCCACAGUAACUAUUCCAGAGCAAACAGUGGGUGCUGUGGAGCUGCCAGCCAUGGCUGUCCCAGAGCCUCCUGCUGUGCCACCCCCAGAGCCUCCUGCUGUGCCCCCCCCAGAGCCUCCUGCUAUGGCCCCCCCAGAGCCUCCUGCUGUGGCCCUCCCAGAGCCUCCUGUUGUGGCUUUCCCAGAGCCUCUUGCUGUGGCUUUCCCAGAGCCUCCUGUUGUGGCUGUCCCAGAGCCUCCUGCUUUGGCUGUCCCAGAGCCUCCUGCUGUUCCAGAGCUUCUUGCUGUGGCUGUUCCAGAGCCUCCUGCUGUGGCCUUUCCAGAGCCUCCUGCUGUGACCUUUCCAGAGCCUCCUGCUGUGGCUGUUCCAGAGCCUCCUGCCACUGCUGUCCUGGAAGCUCCUGCUGUGGCCGCCCUGGAGAUUCCAGCUGUGGCUGAGUCAGAGCAUGUUACUGUUCCUAUGUCAGUUGUUUCUGCCCUGGAGCCGACUGUGCCUGUCUUGGAAACAGCAGUAUCAGUCCAUCAGCCUGCUGUGAUUGUUUCAGAACCAUGUGUUUCUGCCCAGGAAUCUACUGUGACAAUUUCAGAGCCUGCUGUCUCUGACUUAGGGCAGACACAAAUAACUGAGAUGGCUUUAGAGCCUACACCAAUGAUAGUUGAGCCUAGUGUUAUGUCAUCACAUGUUAUGAAAGGGAUAGCUUUACUAUCCAGUGAUCAAAAUCUUACUUCAGAGGUUGGUAUGCAGCAGAUUCCAUUGCAUUCAGGUGAAGUGCCACAUGUUGAAGGACACCUGAGUGACUCUUACGAAAGUGGACAUGUUCUAAAUACAGACCUUAAUAACCAUCUAAUUAAUAAAGAUAUGGAACAUAGUACAGUGUCUGCUACUGGCACCGAUCCUAUUGGUGAAACUGGUGAAGAGAAAAUUUUGCCCAUCAGUGAGACUCAACAAUGCACAGUAUUGGAUACCUUUCCCGGUGUUAGUGAAACUGAAGUAGGAGGAACUCUGUCUUCUGCAGAUCCCCUGGCUUUGGAAGCUUGUAAAGGUAUUGAGUUUGCCACAGCAUCUGCUCCUGAUGCAGUUAAUAAAUAUGAUGUUGAAGUAUCUUUAACUACUCAAGAUACUGAACAUGAUAUGGUAAUUUCCACCAGCCCCAGUGGUGGUAGUGAAGCUGACAUAGAGGGACCUUUGCCUGCUAAAGACAUUCAUCUUGACUUACCAUCUAAUAAUCUUGUUAGUAAGGAUAUAGAAGAGCCAUUACCUGUUAAAGAGAGUGACCAAACAUCAGUUGCUCUCAGCCCUCAAAGUCAUGGAGAAGAUAAAGAAAUAACUCUCCCUACUAAAGAAAUACUGUCUGAUUCGGGAUUUCCUGCAAGUAUUGAUGAAAUUAAUGAAGCAGACCUGGUGAGACCAUUACUUCCUAAGGACAUGGAACGUCUUACAAACCUUAGAGCUGGUAUUGAAGGACCUUUGCUUGCAAGUGAAGUUGAACGUGACAAAAUAGCUGCCAGUCCAAUUGUAGUAAGUGUUCCUGAAAGAGCUUCAGAGUCAUCUUCAGAGGAAAAAGAUGAUUAUGAAAUUUUUGUGAAAGUUAAGGACACACAUGAAAAAAGCAAGAAAAAUAAGAACCGUGACAAAGGUGAGAAAGAAAAGAAAAGAGAUUCUUCGUUGAGAUCUCGAAGUAAGCGGUCCAAGUCUUCUGAGCACAAGUCCCGCAAGCGUACCAGUGAGUCUCGUUCCAGGGCAAGGAAACGAUCAUCUAAGUCCAAGUCUCAUCGCUCUCAAACACGGUCACGUUCGCGUUCAAGACGCCGGAGGAGGAGCAGUAGGUCAAGAUCAAAGUCUAGAGGAAGGCGUUCUGUAUCAAAAGAGAAGCGCAAAAGAUCUCCAAAGCACAGAUCCAAAUCUAGGGAAAGAAAAAGGAAAAGAUCAAGUUCCAGAGAUAACCGAAAAACUACUAGAGCUCGAAGUCGAACCCCAAGUCGCCGGAGUCGGAGUCACACUCCAAGUCGACGAAGAAGAUCUAGGUCUGUUGGUAGAAGAAGGAGUUUCAGCAUUUCCCCCAGCCGCAGAAGCCGUACCCCCAGCCGCAGGAGCCGCACCCCCAGCCGCAGGAGCCGCACCCCCAGCCGCAGGAGCCGUACCCCCAGCCGCAGGAGCCGCACUCCCAGCCGCAGGAGCCGCACCCCCAGCCGCAGGAGAAGAUCAAGGUCUGUGGUAAGAAGACGAAGCUUCAGUAUAUCACCAGUCAGAUUGAGGCGAUCAAGAACACCCUUGAGGAGAAGGUUUAGCAGAUCUCCCAUUCGCCGGAAAAGAUCUAGGUCUUCUGAAAGAGGCAGGUCCCCCAAACGUCUAACAGAUUUGGAUAAGGCUCAAUUACUUGAAAUAGCCAAAGCUAAUGCAGCUGCCAUGUGUGCUAAGGCUGGUGUUCCUUUACCGCCAAACCUAAAGCCUGCACCUCCACCUACAAUAGAAGAGAAAGUUGCAAAAAAGUCGGGAGGAGCUACCAUAGAAGAACUAACUGAGAAAUGCAAACAGAUUGCACAGAGUAAAGAAGAUGAUGAUGUAAUAGUGAAUAAACCCCAUGUUUCGGAUGAAGAAGAAGAAGAACCUCCUUUUUAUCAUCAUCCCUUUAAACUCAGUGAACCCAAGCCCAUUUUUUUCAAUCUGAAUAUUGCUGCAGCAAAGCCAACUCCACCAAAAAGCCAGGUGACAUUGACAAAAGAAUUUCCUGUGUCUUCUGGAUCUCAACAUCGGAAAAAAGAAGCGGAUAGUGUUUAUGGAGAGUGGGUUCCUGUGGAGAAAAAUGGUGAAGAAAACAAAGAUGAUGAUAAUGUUUUCAGCAGCAAUUUGCCCUCAGAGCCUGUGGACAUCUCUACAGCAAUGAGUGAACGGGCACUUGCUCAGAAAAGACUCAGUGAAAAUGCAUUUGACCUUGAAGCCAUGAGCAUGUUAAAUCGAGCGCAAGAGCGGAUUGAUGCCUGGGCUCAGCUGAAUUCCAUUCCUGGCCAAUUCACAGGAAGUACAGGAGUACAGGUUCUGACACAAGAACAGUUGGCUAAUACUGGUGCCCAAGCCUGGAUUAAAAAGGAUGGACACUGAAGAUGGACCGGAAUCGUGAAACAAUGGAAAAUGUAUAAAUAUGGCUCAAGGGCCACUCAGUUUAUGUGAUUUUUUAAAAUUUAUUCUUGCUGCUGUUUUUGGCGGGAGGUGGUUCUCUUUAACUGUUUUAAAUGCUAUCAGGUGCUGUUCAGAAUCUUCUACAGUUCCUGUUGGACUACUAACCUAAUCAUUUCAGAGCAGUGGUUCUCAAAUUUUUCUUCAACAUGGGAUACUUUAUUACAGGUUUAUUUUUAGUGGAUCCCCACCCCACCCCACCCCCCACCCCUCUACCACCCCUAAUGAUCCAUUCCUCUAGUCCUCUGUCCUUGUCCUCUCAACACUACCUGCCCCUUUCACAAGAUCCCUUGCCUCCUAUUCCUCACUCCUCUUGUGACUUCCAGCCCCAGGUCCCUAUGUGUGAUUAGCUGUUGGUUACUGCAAGUGGUUGGGAGGCCCUAGUAGUAGCAAUGCAUGUGGUGAAUUUGCCAUGGGACUGAAAAGGGGGAGGGGGAGAGGAUGGCUGGAGUGGGUGGGGUGUGCUGAGGGUGGUGGUUAAAGGGGGUGGGGGUGGAGGUAACAAUCUGUGGAUCACCAUUUAGGCCCUAGUGGCCUCUGGUGGAUCCACAGGCUCAAUUUGAGAACCACUGAUUUCAUGAAAAAACAGGAUAUAUAAGACCUAAAAUCAAGGGAGAGGACGGACACCUCGUGCUACGAAGAUGUAGGUGCACCUGGUCUCAGAUUCCUGCAGUGAGAUGUGUCAACUCCACCUACGGCUACCUCAUUCUUGGGGGAGUCUUAGGUGGUUAAGAAGGGCUUUCUGAAGAAAUGCAGUUUGGUGAAGGGAUGUGGUUUGGUUGGAUGGGUGAUGGGAAAUUUGUUUCAGGAGUACUGGCAGCAUAGCAGUGCUGAAACUGGGAGGCUUCGUGGUGUAAUGGAUUGGGAAGGUUUCCUUACCCUGCUGUACUCCUGACUCCUUGUGUGAUCGUGGGCAAGUAAUUCUUUGGAAUUUUCAAAGUCUCCCAAGUGUUAAGUGGAGACACAUCACAUCCUUAUUACUGCCUCAGAGAGAGGUAAUCAGUGUUGUGAUAGGUACCUGUAGAGAACUGCAAUGAGGCCAUUCAUGAAUGAGCUACUUGCAAAAAAAAAAAAAGGUAUUGGCUGAUGUGGACAUUUUAAUCUGAUAACAUUUCAGCUUUGAUAGCAUUAUCCCUGUUGAUCCUCUUAACAGAUUUAUAUCCCCACCUUGCUUUUUUUUUUUUUAAAGAAAUAGUUGUGUUAAUAUGUAUUGUGAUCCAUAUUGGAAAACAAAGGGUAACCUAGUAAAACACAAUUUUGGUCAGUUUUACUUUCUAUACUGAGUUUGUGUAGUUAACAUAUGACAGUGAUAGAUGGUUUUCAUCUUAUUUGGAAGGAUAAUACUUGUUUUCUCUGUUUCUAGGGGAGGGGGGAGGCCUGGGCCCUUGUGUACUAUGUCUGAGCUACACCUCCAUCUCUGUUUCUUUCAUACUACUUAGUCUUGAAGAUUAUAGUGCUCAAUAUUUCUGAAGUUUAUGGUUGUUUAGCUAGGAACAUUAUAAUACAGUUCUUGUACACUGGUAGAUAGAGCAUAUAUUUUGGGUCUUCAUCUAUAUAACACUGUGCUACUUUGUAAUUUUGUUUACAUCUAAAGAUUAGGAAGUGAAUCGUCUACUGACUUAUUAGUUGUUCCCUAUAAAUGCUCUUCUAAAUUUUUGUCUAUCAGUUUUUUGGUUUAGAGUUUUAUAGUAAAUAUUUAGUAUAAACUUUACCUUCAUCUUUAUAUUCUAAAUUUGUUUUCAGAAGCAAUUCAUUUUUAUCAUAAGAUAUUUAAAUUAUAGAAAAAAGCAAUACUUUCAGGAAACCACCCAUAUGUAGAUUUGCUGAAGAGCAUUGUAUAAUAUCAACAGUCAAACAGUAUUCUAUAAAAUAGGUUAGGACAUUUGAAAGUCAUCAUGCAAUUGAAUAUUUAACAAUGCAUCACAAUUUCUUUUCACAAAAUGUGUUUAGUAACUUGUUCAAAUGACCAUUUAGCUUUUUUCUUGCUUUCGUAUAGCCCAACACUGCCUUUAUGUGUUAAAAAGUAGGGAAUUCCAACAUCAUGUAUUCAGGUUUCUGCAAUACAUUUUUAGAUUAAGGAAAUAAUAGUAUUUUUGUUCAUCAGUAAAACAUUUGAAAUUGUUAUUUUCUGGAAUGAAAUGAUUUGACAUGCUUUCAUAAAUACUGUUUAUUAUUGUGGUCUUAGCAGAUGAAUCUGCUUUUUUGUCAAUUGUACACACACUGGGUAAAGAAACAGAUGAAGGUAUUAGAAAAUGGAAAUAGUUGGGGAUGUGGGCUAUUUGGGGGUUUAUAUUGUACUCUGUCUGCACAGUUGCCCUUUCUUUUAGGAGUGUUUCCUGCAAAAGAGGGGCAGAUGAACCUGGAAGUAAGUAAAAGUCAUUUUAGGUGUGUAGCAUCAAGGCAGUUGAUAUCCAAGCAUCAGCUAACUUUUCUCUUGAUACAUCUACACUGCAUGGCCUGCACCCAAUAAGGAACUGAACCGGGGUAUGUUUUUACCUCCACAGCUGCCUCCUUCCAUCAGAGCACCUUGUUCAGCUUAAUGUCUAGUUAAGUGUCAUUGGCAUAAUUAUUCCUCAGCAUUUUAACUAUAAAGCUGGGGAACAAAGACUACAUUGACUUAUUAGUGUGUAAAACAUGAUUUACUUUUACAUUUCUUAAUAACUUACUGAUGUAGGAAAUAGUUUCCCUAAGCUGUCACAGUUUUGGCUCUAUUAAGGACUCUUAGUAAGUUUUCCAAAGAACACUAGCCUUAAAUUUAGGAACAAUGCAAAAAUAAAACAGAUUUGGAGAUGUUUCAAAUUUUUAAAGAAAAUUAGACCUCGAUAACAAUAGAAUUCAGAACUGUUUGUUCUAUUUACAUAGAUGCCCAUUAACAAGAGGCAUCUUGCAUUUUUCAACAUUGGAAAUAAUUGUUGACCAUGCUAAUAUACAUAGUUGUGCAGUUUAGGACAUUAAGUGGUUUGCUGCUUUGAUGGAAAUUAUGGUUCAGUGGGUUGGAUACGAGAGAGAUGAUUGUUCACAGAAUAACCUGUGAACUUUCACCCCUCUGUAUGGAAACUUGUUUCAGGGCCAAAUCCUUGUAGCUGUCUUCUUGCCCCGGUCAGUGCCAGCCGUACUAUUCACAACACUGCUGCUACCGAGGCCUAG